CAUUUGAAUCAAGUCAGUCAACUCCCUGUCCUCUUCGGAGAAAACCCCUAAGAAAUAGUCAAACACAAACCAACGCCAUUGUUUGAUCAUCAUUUCGAAUCCUUCCUUUUUGAUCUCCGCGCGUCCCAUCCAUAUUUAUCGGAAAUUUGUAUUAUGGCGUCGGAGAUCGAAGUUGUGGAGGAGGUGGAAUCGAGGGAUCAUCCAACGGGCUCCGCGCCCGAGGACGACAGCUUGAGGAACGAUGUUUACACAGCCGCUGCCUAUGGGGAUGUGGAUAAGCUCCAGAGAUUAGUCGAGAGUGGUGGUUGCUCCGUCGCGGAGCCCGACGCCCUCGGCCACUACGCUCUCCAGUGGGCGGCGCUUAAUAAUCGAACCGCCGCAGCUCAGUACAUUGUUGAGCACGGAGGUGAUAUUAAUGCACGUGAUCAUACUGGACAAACAGCUUUGCAUUGGAGUGCAGUGAAGGGUGCAAUUCAGGUUGCUGAGCUUCUUCUGCAGGAGGGUGCUCGUGUUGGUUUAGCUGAUCUCAAUGGUUAUCAGACAACACAUGUUGCAGCACAGUAUGGUCAGACAGCUUUCCUGUGUCACAUUGUCACAAAGUGGAAUGCUGAUGCUGAUGUCCCUGAUAAUGAUGGAAGAAGCCCAAUGCACUGGGCUGCUUACAAGGGAUUUGCUGACUGCAUUCGCCUUUUGCUAUAUCUGAAUGCUCAUAGAGUGCGGCAAGAUAAAGAAGGCUGCACCCCGUUGCAUUGGGCUGCCAUUAGGGGUAACUUAGAAGCAUGCACUGUUCUGGUGAUGGCAGGGAAGAAAGAAGAUUUAAUGGUAACAGAAAACACCGGCCUUACCCCUGCUCAGCUAGCCGCAGAUAAAAAUCAUAGACAAGUUGCAUUUUUCCUUGGAAAUGCUAGAAGGUUGUUUGACAAACGAUGGGAUAACAACAGUUGUCUCGGCAAACUUUCAAAACUAGGACUUGCUCCAAUUCUUUGGUGUAUAGUUUUCCUGAUGCUUGCAAUAUAUAUACAUUCAGUUAUUACAGCUUCAAAUCUUCCAAGGCUAACAGCUGGCUUUGGUCUUUUUGCCUGGAUGGGUGUGUUCUUGGCAUCAAUAGGUCUAGUUUUCUUAUACAGAUGUAGCAGCAAGGACCCUGGCUUUAUCAGAAUAAAUGUACAUGAUCCAGCAAGCAUGAAAGAUGAUGAGCCUUUGCUGAAGAUCGAAAUAAAUAAUCUUGUGUUGAUUAGAGGAAAUUGGUCUCAGCUUUGUGCAACUUGCAAGAUUGUUAGACCUCUACGUGCCAAACAUUGUACCACCUGUGAUCGUUGUGUCGAGCAAUUUGACCAUCAUUGCCCAUGGGUGUCCAAUUGCAUUGGCAAGAAAAACAAGUGGGAUUUUUUCUUGCUUCUUGUUCUUGAAGUUCUGGCAUUACUGAUAUGUGGUUCAGUAGCUUUGAUAAGGGUGUUGACAGACCCAUUGGCCCCAUCUACCUUUGGUGCCUGGUUGAGCCAUGUUGGUAAUCAGCAUGUUGGCGCUUUAGCAUUUUUGGUUGCAGAUGCUUUCAUCAUUAUUGCUGUCGGAAUUUUGACUUGUGUACAGGCUUCUCAGAUUGCUCGCAAUAUAACAACAAAUGAAAUGGCAAACAUGCUGAGGUACAGUUACUUACGAGGGCCAGAUGGUCGAUUUCGUAAUCUGUUUGAUCAUGGCUGCAAGAAGAACUGCACAGAUUUCUUGAUAAAUGGUUAUAGCGAAGAUAUAGAGCACGCCGAAGAAUCAGGGGAAUCUGAAGGAAUCAGGAUGAUCAAUAUGACACAGGAUGCAAACCAUACAAAUGGUGUGAGCCAUAGUCAUCAACCAAACGGAAACGGCCAUAUAUUAAUUGAUGUGAACAAAAUCUCUAAUGCACAUCAGGGCCACAUUCAUUCUUCUCAAUGCAGCCAUAGUCCAAGCCACAGCCAAAGGCAUAGUCAAAUUCACACUGAUAGCCAUGUCCCUGCAGGUCUGGAUGUCGGAUUAGGCCGAAAUGUUUCUCGUGCUGCAGUGGUGUCAUGAUAACACGUUGUUUACUAUAGGCAAAUGAAUGAGUAACACGAUCCACACUGUCGAUAAAUCCCUGGAGACACAUUUUUGUCUUGCUCAAUCAUCUUGAUUUUUUCCUCCCCUGUAUAAAUUGUUGUUGUAUGUUGUAGCAUUUGACGUGGUUUCUUUCC